UUAGAUGCUUCCGUGGUCUGCAACCAUUGGACCGUCACACAUAUUUCCAUAACCAUCGCUCAUCACAUUGAAGCGAAUCUAACACACCAAAGAUGAAGUGUGCUUUGUACCUUUCGAUCUGAAAUGGGUACCGUUGAUUUCAUCGCGUUGACAUUCAUAGCACUCUUUCUAUUCAAAGCUCUCGAUUUCGAGUUCUUGCUCUCUUUCCUCUACUUCACUUGAUCUUGUUGCUGUUGUUAACUUCGAAUCUUUGUUGCCAUGAAGAAGAAGCUCGAUACCCGUUUUCCUGCUGCUCGGAUAAAGAAGAUUAUGCAAGCAGAUGAGGAUGUUGGAAAGAUAGCACUGGCUGUGCCUGUUUUAGUCUCUAAAGCUCUAGAGCUGUUUCUGCAAGAUCUUUGUGACCGCACUUAUGAAAUAACUCUUCAAAGAGGGGCAAAAACCAUGAAUUCCUUGCAUUUAAAGCAUUGUGUACAAAGCUAUAAUGUCUUUGACUUUCUGAAGGAUGUAGUCAGCAAGGUUCCUGACUACGGCCAUGGUCACGGCCAUACUGAUGCUGGUGGCGCUGAUGAUCAGGCCAUUCCAAAAAGAAGGAAAGCAGCAGGUGAUGAUUGUAAUGACAGCGAUGAAGAAGCUAAGAGGGGCAAGAUGGUUGAGUUGGGACACCCUAGCCCUACUGGUAGGGGAAGAGGCCGAGGUAGAGGAAGAGGACGUGGUCGAGGUCGGGGACGUGCUAGUCAAAGAGAGGGACAUCAUCAGGAGACUGAGUUUGAUCCCUUUCCUUCUAUUCCCCAAGUUAGCCAACAGAUUACAGAUACAAAUGUGGUUAUACAUGAUAUCUCAGAGCCAAGGGAGUUACCAAAGGAGAAUAUCGUUGCUCCUGUUGAAAACUCCGACUCACUCCGUAAUAUUGAUCUGAAUGCCAAUAUGAAUGAAAGUGAUGACAAAAAGGUCAACACAGUUGUUAAUCUCGCAGUCACUAUUCCUGAAACCACUAAUCCCGAUGCUGCUAAUCCUGCACAUGCUAAUCCCGAUGCCGCUAAUCCUGCACCUGCUAAUUCCGAUGCCGCUAAUCCUGUUGCCGCAAUUCCUGAAGCCGGGAAAACCUCACUGUCUGAACCUGCUCCAGCAGACAGCAUGCAUCAUGAAGAAAUUCCGGGCUGGUCCCUUUCUGAGGUAGACAAGAUGGCCAUUGAUACGAUGCAGCUCGCACAGCGAAUGGAAGAGGAUGAUGAAGAUUAUGACGAGGAGGACGAGUAAAUUGUAGUAUUUUGGAGGGGGAGAUUAGAUUAGUAGCUAAAACUUAAAAGCUCAUUAUAAGUGUAGAAAAGUAUAUACUAGCUAUCAUAACAAGUCUUAUGUUGACUGAAGAAAAAAGGGUUGUGAAUCUGAAUGGCCCUUGUGUUGAAUCUAAUUUGUCUAUGUUGUAUGUUCUAUUGUUGUAUCUUUCUUUCCCUUAACAAGUUAUGUUAGCUUGGUGUACUUUUAGUUA